AUGAAUCCCGCGAGCCGCACCCCCUCCCUCAUCUUCCAGCUACAAAAACACUAUACGCCCUCUGUCCUCGUCUUAUCCACCACGCCCUUGUCGCGCUUCCACACUGUCCCGGCCUCCAAACUCCGUCUUCGCCGCCGCCCUGUCCGAGACUGGCCGCUCAAGGACGACGCGGGCCACAUUAUUAUCGUCAAGAUGGCGGACGAGAAGGAUACGCUGCAGCAAGGGGGCGACAUUUCAUGGGAUAUUCCAGAGGCCCCGUGGACAACCGCCCGUCCGUCCAAGCGAGAUCCCGCACGCUUCCUGCCGCAGGCCAUCGCACAUAGAGGCUACAAGGCGUUGUGGCCGGAGAACACCAUGGGCGCCUUCAAGGGCGCCGUCGAGGUUGGCGCGCACGCGAUCGAGACGGACGUGCAUUUGUCCAGGGACGGCGUAGCCGUGCUGUCGCAUGCGAGUCUGCCCAGCCCGGACACGACAAUCCACGGUGCUAAUGUCGCUCCAGGACGCAACCCUCACGCGGUGCUUCGGCAUAGACAAGAAGCUAGCCGACUGCGACUGGGAGUACCUGUCCACCGUAGAAACGCUCCGCGAGCCGAAGCAGGGCCUGCCCCGGCUCCAAGACCUGCUAGAAUGGCUCGUCGAAGCCGACAAGCUGCAAGCCGACGAGCACAGCCAUCGGCCCUGGGUACUGCUCGACAUCAAGGUCCGCCAUCAUCCUCUGCUCUGCACAACCCCCCCAAAAAUCUCGACGACGACGCACAAGACCUCGUAAACGCCAUCAGCAGCGCCAUAGCCCAAGUCCCCGCCUCAACACCAUGGCAGGGCCGCAUCGUCCUCGGAUGCUGGAACGCCUCUGUGCUCAAAGCCUCACGCAGAACCCUGCCGGACUACCCCGUCGCCCACAUUGGCUUCUCGCUCUCCUACGCGCGGCACUUCCUGCCCAUCCCCAACGUGGGCUUCAACAUGGCCUUCCACACGCUCGUGCGCCCCUACCAGGGCCGGCGGUUCAUGCGAGACGUGCGCGCCGCCCGCCGCCCGCUGUACGCCUGGACCGUCAACCACCCGCGCUGGAUGCGGUGGUGCAUCGAGCGCAACGUGCGUGGUGGCGGCGGCAGCGUCGUGGACGGCGUCGUGACGGACGACCCUAGGCUGUACCUCGACGUGUGCCGGCGGUACGAGGACGACGUGGACGCAGGUGUGCUGGGGCGCGACGACCGCAGCUCCGUCGGGCAGAAGGUCGCGCUGGCCGUGGACAUUGUCAAGAGGCACGUCCUCGCCAAGCUGUUCUUUUGGUAUAGGAGGCAUGUGCAGGGCAAGUUGGAUGACUUGGAUGGCAAGACGAAGCGGUAG